CCGGCCAGCUGGCGGCCGAGGCGGCGCUGUCCGGGCUUCACGCCGAGCUGAUCAACGAGAGGCGCAGGGCCCGCGAGCGAGAGGAGCAGCUGACUGCCUCCCGUCUAGAGCAGAGCCCUGUGCCGACCAAUCCGUUGGUCCUCCUGGCGGGUCCCCCCAGCUCUGUCCCGCAUGCAGGCGAACAGCAGCCGCCGCCGGACCAUCACGAGCCACCUCAUCCUGGUCUGGAGCCGCGCCAGGCCGCGCCCACGGCAAGACCGGAACCCCACAACUCUCCUGUCGAAUACCAGAACGAGUCGCCACCGGCUCAACGGCAGAUACAGGCAGUCAGAAAUAACAACUUAAUUGAAGCAGACGGCGCAGAUUCCACGAAAGAUCUUGGAGCUGCGUGUUCGAAAUGCCAACACGUCGACCUGGGCUUACAAGCAAGAGCCACAGGACUGGGCACUGCGGUAGCUCGGGGGACCCACAAUAUCGCGACCGGCUCGACUGGAAUGGGCGACCGUGGCGAACCACUGACUGAAGUCGGCGUCCAGACGUCUGAAGACCCUGACUCGGGGCGGGUCGCUGCCCUGAACUUGGAGCUGGAAGACAGUCGGAGGGCCUGUCAGGAGACGCGACAGCUGCUGGAGGAACUGCGUUGUGAGAGCAGUGACGCGGCUAAGCUGAAGCAAGACCUGGCUGAGAGCUGCGAGCUCAUCGUCCAGCUGACAAAGACGGUGCAGGAGAUGCAGCAGCAGCAGCAGCCGACGCUCUGCCCGGCCCAGGCACGGCAGCAGGCGGUCCGUGACACACCAUCAGAUGGCGGCUCCUCUGACGGCGGCCCGGACCGCCGGGCCGAGCUGUCCCGGCUGAGAGGGGAGCUGGAGGAGAGCCGGGCGCUGGCGGAGCAGCUGCAGGGGGCGCUCUCAGAGGCCGAGCACCGGGCGGCCCGACAGCAGGACCAGCUGCGGGGCCGCGUGCAGGAGCUCACCUUCAGCCUGGCUCGGCUCGAGCUCAGCGGUCAGCUGAUGAAGUCCCCCGCCGCCGCCGACGGGGACGCGGACGCCGGUGGUCCGGACAGCGGUACGUUGGCAGACCGGCGUCGGCGGGCGGCGCCGGAGGUCGGUGGGCCGGCCGGCCGGGCGGUGCCGUCAGAAGCGAGGCCGGGACGGCCGCGGGCCCGCUGCGCCCGCCAGGUGUUCCCUCCGGAGCAGCCCGCUGCGAGCGCCACCUUCCCCGACUGGCGGGUGGGCGCAGCCGCGGAGCAGGAGGGGGUGGCGCCGCGCCGCCGGUCCCGCUCGGAGACGGACGGCGAGGCGGCAUCGGACAGCCAGACCACCACGUCGGAGCUCUGCUCCGGUGUAGGACCCGCGCCGGCCCGGCCCGGCCGCCGGCGCCAGGCCGAGCACGGCCGACUGCGACAGCUGGAGGCCGCCUACGCCGAGUCGUCGCGGCGCCUGGCGGCCGAGUCUGAACGCUCGGGUCGGCUGGAGCGGCACGCCGCCGCGCUCAAGACCAAGUACCGACAGAUGCGCCGCCAGCUGGAGGCACCCUCGGCGGAC